ACAGAGGCUCGUGCAGUAACUGUAUUCUUAAUAAUCAUGAAUAUAAUUACUGCCCCCGUUACAAGUUUAUUGAACGGACUUGUGAUAAUCGCUGUGAAAAGAAAACUUCGAUUGAAAACCAAGUCCAGUAUAGCACUUGCGUGCUUAGCGACCACAGAUUGCUUCAUGGGCGUGAUUGGACAGCCUAUGUUUAUCGCCUUGAACAUAGUAGUUUUACAAGACGAGUCGUCUUAUACAUACUGCCUUAUAAAGCAACUAUCGAUCGCCGUUCUCACGGUAUUAGGCAGGGCGACGAACUUACACCUAGCCCUGAUGUAUCUAGACAGGUACAUUGCCAUAAAGCACCCGUACAGGUAUACAAAUAUGGUCACAGCAACUCGCCUUCUCUGUUCUUCCGCUUUUGUGUGGAUUGUGGCACUGCUCUCGACAGCAACUUCAUUCUUACCUAAAAAAUUACUUGCAAGCCAGUUAAGUAAUGUUAACGCGGUCAUUAUAUCGUCAGGUGUAGCCAUUAUUAUUUUCUGUCAAAUCGUGCUUUACUACGAAACUCGCCGUCACGAAAAACAAAUCGCUGCCAACCAAGUUUCAGAAGACAACAAGAGAAAAUUCUUAACGGAGAAGAAAGCGCUUAAGCUCACCACGACAGUUCUUUUCGUCUUGGUACUGACUUAUUUGCCUUUGAUGCUUGUUUUUAUACUUUAUAGAAUCUCCUUCAUAGCGUCGUUAAAUGCAGUACGUAUUUCUACUGCAAUAGGAAUCUUUCUGAUACUACUUAAUUCGCUUAUAAACCCAGUUAUUUACUGUAUUAGAACAAGACAAUUUCGGAUAGCUUUCAUUGAAAUACUCUUCGGAAAAAGU